CACGGACACACACACAGAUACACACACAGUUACAGAUACAGAUAUAUAUUCACGAAAUGCCCAUUCAGACGAACGAAAAUCCCGAAAAUGGAUCAACAGCGGUGCUCCUCGACUCCUCGGAAGCCAAGGAUUGUGUUGUCAAUCCCAAAAACAUUGGCUGGAAUCUGCCAGUAACGAAGGAGAGACCGACCGAGCUGCACUCACCCGCACAAUGCAACUAUCUGAGUGAGAUGCAAGUCAGCCACAAACAGAUCACCGAUCGCUUCGUGGAACUGCUCAGCCUCUUCGAGGAAUACUCAAAGAUUGUGCGAGAGAGCGGACAGGCUCAGCCGAAGCUCAAACGUUCGCAGUCCGAGCAGUUUACAGCGACGCAUCUGCAGCCAGCGGAGACAGCCGCUAGCAGUGAACUGGUGAAGAGCACCGUCAGCUUGAAUCGCAUGCAGCUGUCGGAGUCAACGCUGCUGGCUGCGUCGAGCAAGCUCACCUGCGAGGUGGGCAUCCAAACCUACUGGCCCCUGUGCAACGACAAGGACAGUCUGCUCAAGGUCAGGCCGGAGCAAAUGAAAUCGGAUCUGGUGCAGCAAACGACGCUGCACAUUGAGGUCGAGUCGGUUAGCUCGGCAGCGGCCUUGGAGCGUGCACCGCUGCGUCAACGCUUGUGGCAGGUGCUGGUCGAGGUGGGACAAACACUGAGCGCCUGCUGCUCGAUGAUGGGCGAGAAUAUCACCUAUGUGCUGUUCGUGCUGCUGUGCAUGUGGUGCCUCUACUUGAUCAUUGAGCACUACUCCAGCUUCCUGGGUGGCAAUUUACCCAGCAAGCAGACGGCGACCAGCAAGUUAAUCGAUUAAAUCUUAAUAAACAGUAUUUUAUUGAAAA